CAUGGCACCCUACCUAUUGAAAAAUUCGAUCACCCCUUUUCGUUGAACACAACGUUGAGAGAAAUGUCUGAUACAAUUAAGCGAGUCUCUGUCACCCUGGAUGUGGAAACGGCAAGUCCGGUGCUCGAGGUGUCUGAGGAUCGGAAGAGUGUGAGACGGACCGGGACCCGGAGGGAUCUCCCUGACACCGGGAAGAGGUUCACAGACCGGACGUGUGUGCUGGGAUCGGAGGGAUUCACAUCGGGGAGACAUUACUGGGAGGUGGAGGUGACGGGGAAUCGGGUCUGGAGUCUGGGAGUCGCCGCAGAGUCUGUGGAGAGGAAGAGACAGGUCGGACUGAGUCCCGAGACCGGAUUCUGGAUCAUCAUCGCGGCAUAAUGGCAAAAUGAAGGUUCACACCUCCCCUGAGUCCCGUCUCCCUGCCGGUCCCAUUCCCGGGAAGGUGGGAGUUUAUCUCAGUUACGAGUCCGGGACAGUUUCAUUUUACAACGCAGAGACCAAGUCCCAUCUCCACACCUUCACUGGGAAUAAAUUCACGGAGAAACUUUAUCCUUUACUCGGGGCUGCGGAUACAAGCGAGUGGCUGAGAAUCUGCUCCGGGUCUGUAGACGGGUCGGAUCCGGGACCGGCGUCAGGAGUAAGUCAGUGUAGAUAUAAAUGUGCGGAGCG